AUGUCGAAAAAUAAAUUAAAUUUAACGUUACCACCCGGCUCCGUAGGAAAUUCUAUAAAUUCAUCCGGAGUUCAUCAAACGGAUCAAAAUAAUCCUUUUGAUCAGCAACAUUUUCUAAAUAAAAAGAGUCCAUUAGUUAAUAAAACUAGUAUAGAAGUUCUUCAGGAACAAUUAGAAGAAUUAGGAAUGGAUGACACACAGAGAAAACGAAUGGAAUUUUUUUUAUGUCAAAAAGAAAAAAUUGGCGAAUUGUCAGAUGAUGAUUUUGAAAAAUUAGGAGAUUUAGGUUCGGGAAAUGGCGGAGUUGUUGUUAAAGUUAGGCAUCUAUCUAGUGGACUGAUUAUGGCGAGAAAAUUAAUACAUUUAGAAGUUAAACCUGCUAUUAAAAAGCAGAUAAUUAGAGAAUUAAAAGUUUUACACGAGUGCAAUUUUGCUCAUAUUGUAGGUUUUUAUGGAGCUUUUUAUAGUGAUGGUGAAAUUAGCAUUUGCAUGGAAUACAUGGAUGGUGGUUCUUUGGAUUUAAUAUUAAAAAAAGCUGGAAGAAUUCCUGAAGAUAUUCUGGGAAAAAUUACAAGUGCAGUAUUAAAAGGACUUAGUUACCUAAGAGAUAAGCAUGCUAUCAUGCAUAGAGAUGUUAAACCUAGUAAUAUUUUGGUCAAUAGCGGGGGAGAAAUAAAAAUAUGUGAUUUUGGAGUUUCUGGUCAAUUAAUUGAUUCAAUGGCAAAUUCAUUUGUCGGUACAAGAAGUUAUAUGUCUCCUGAAAGAUUGCAAGGAACCUAUUAUUCUGUUCAAAGUGAUAUAUGGUCAUUAGGGUUAUCAUUAGUUGAAAUGGCUAUUGGAAUGUACCCUAUACCACCACCGGAUGCCAAAACAUUAGCAGCCAUUUUUGGACCUAAAAAAAAUGACGAAGACUCAUCUCAUUCUCCCACAAAUGGUCCGAAACCAAUGGCGAUUUUCGAACUUCUUGAUUACAUAGUUAAUGAACCUCCUCCAAAACUUCCAUCUGGAAUUUUUUCAAACGAAUUUAAAAAUUUCGUCGAUAGAUGUUUAAAAAAAAAUCCGGCGGAAAGAGCCGAUUUAAAAACGUUAAUGAAUCACGAAUGGAUGAAAAUAACGGAUAUGAAAACGGUUGAUAUUGCCGGAUGGGUUUGCAGAACUAUGGAUUUAUGUCCAACGAGUCCAACGAAAACAAAUCAAACUUAA